CGUCUUGCGUGCAAUGUACAUCUAUCUAUUGUCAAAUCUCAUGCUGACCUAGUUAUUUGGACUGGCCGAUCCACAGAAUGUUGAAUCUCCUCAUCGUGUGUCUACUCUGUGUGCCGGUUCUCUCGGUGCUACAUGGGAAAGAUGACAGUGUGUGUACUCCCCCGCAAAACACAAACACAGGCCCGACUCGACCUAAGCUCCCGUCGGUGUACUCCGUGCACACUGAAUGCAACAUCCUCAACAACCAGAACACCGUCGACUCUCAGGAAUGGUACGACGGCAGCAACAACAGGGCAUUGGUGUCACAGACAUCCCAAGGGCUGAGAGCUCUGGGCUACUACUACUACAACGACAACGAGCUGCUUGUUAUCAACCCUCAGCCAGCUUCCGGAAAUCCGACCUGCAAAGUCCAGGAUCUCGCGACAUCCGACAACAACUUCAUGUUUGGGCUGCAGAGGUUCAGGAAUGGCUCUGACGGAACUUACCCGGCAGGUAGCGCUUUCGAGUUUGGCGGGAACAUCCCCGAGAUGUACCUAGGUCGCCAGACGGUGAGAGGUAUCCAGACGGACGCGUGGAAGUCAUGUGUCUACUGGAAGUCGCUGGACUCCACUAUGAACGUCACGUGGUACUACACAGCUCAGAACAUAUGGCAGACGGCGUCCAACACGAAACAGGUGCCUGUGCGAUGUCACGUGACCGGAAGACGCUUCACGGAUGCCACAACAUCCUACGACUUUGAUCACAUCUACGAGUUCUCGGAUUUUCUCCCUUACAUUGACCUCGGUCCAAAAGUCUUCGAGGUGCCAGACAACACUAUCUGCCCGGGGAGGAAGAACACCAAGCCCUUGCCCCAGUUCGGCAUGUAUUUCAAGAUGAAGUCAGAGCUGAUUGUCCCAACAUCCAGCUUUGUAACCUUCAUGUGGGAAUGGUAUGACUUCUCCACGAAGAUGUCCAAGUUCCAGUACCGGCCGGUGCCGACGGCGUCUACGUACCGCACCAACAUGGUGUCCGAGAUACACGACUACAACACCGGCACAGCCUAUGUGAUCGACACCGUGGACGGCAACUGCACUGUCCACGCCAUCACUGGUUUGGACUCUGUGAAGGUUGACCCCACUCACGUCAAGAUGGUGUCAACACAAGAUUUUCAACACUCUGUGACCGGAACUCUAGCCUACGACGGGGUGAGGGCAGUGCGUGGUAUUGACUGCGACGUGUGGGUGGAGGAACGGAACGACUGGCCAGCUCCUGGGUCGGGGGUCAACUCGACGUGGGAGUUCCUGUACGCCACCCCGAUUUGGUUGUCUCAACAUGGCUACGGGAACAACUCGAUACUUCCGGUCCAGCUGUCAAUCGCCGCGGCAUCGUUACCUUUCUACUCCACCUACAACAUCUACGAAUACGACGACGAUGAGCCGUCCCUCCUCGACUUUGACAUCACGCCAUGUUUCGGCCCCACCCACAAGAAGGAUAUGAAGUUUGUCCUGCCAGCUCAGUACAGCAAACUCGUGUCAGAUGAAAUGACGAUGUUCCGGUAUUUCAUCUUGGUGACGGUGGCGGGUUACACAACCGUCUCCCCCAUCAGAAUAACAAACAUUCAGGUGAGCUUCCUGGAUAGUAAGGAUGUCUUGGUGUCAUUCCGACUCCUGGACAAGGCUCCACUACCCGGCGAUGUUGUUAACCCCGCGACUCAGCUGUCGCUGGAGGACGCUGUUGACAUCCUCAAGUACGGCAUUAACUCCGGCAACUUCACCAUCAACAUCAACGGAGUGAUUAUGAAGCCACGCCCCUACUCUGUGAGUUCUAAAGACACGGUAAUAGUGGAACAUCCCUGGAAGAAUGUCAAACUGGAGUAUGCAGGAGGGAGCGUGGUCGGCCUGGGUGUAGGAAUGCUGGUCGUGGCAUUUGGCAUCGGUUUCGUCGUCUAUAUGGUCAUCAAGAAGAGACGCUCGUGAAGCAACUGCUGGAGGACUAUCUGGAACGGUUGUACAUUUCCUGUGACGGGUGUUUACAAUUUUGUGAUGGAUGAGAAAGACCGGAACAACGUCCUUUGGUCAACCAAAAGCAGGUUAUAGUUGAAGUUAGAUAAAUGUACACCAAAAUACGGUUAUAACGAGGACCACUCAUACUGGAUCGUUAUAACGGAUCAGUUAAAGGAUAUAGCAGAUGCUCGGGACAAAUACAACAGCUCGUUAUAUCCGUCAGUUCGUAUUAAGCGUGUUUGUUAUAAACGUUGUUUACUCUAGUUUUAAUGAUCAUCCGACACAUUAUGUAAACAUGCUUAUAUGGCUUUAGGGGUGUAAAUCGCUAGUUGGUGGUAUUUAAAGUGACACAAAAAGAACUGUUUUUUCGAUGUUGGUGUAUUUGAUAUUGAUUUCAUGUCCCUAUGUUUUGUACACAAGUGUUUCUGUGAUCUUUGACCAUUACGCAAGGUAACGUUUUCACAACGCUUGCAAUUGUUCUGCUGAAUCGACUUUUGACGUGCAUACUUUCUUCUUUUCGGCAGACUAGAUACAAGUAUUAUUGUGUAACAUUAUGCUAAUAAAUGUAUUAUACUCCAAUGAAAUAAAUAUAUGUUUGAA